UUGAGCAGGGCCGGGGCCCUGUCCGCCAUGGGGCCCGCUGCUCGCCGCGCCUGACGCGCCCGCCGCCGCCGCCGCCAUUGACAGCGCGCCGUCGCGAUGCCAAGCGGCAGCUCCGCGGCCCUGGCCCUGGCGGCGGCCCCGGCCCCCCUGCCGCAGCCGCCUCCGCUGCCGCCGCCCGCCGGAGGCACGGAACUCGAGGGGGACGGGCUGCUGCUGAGGGAGCGCCUGGCCGCGCUAGGCCUCGACGACCCCAGCCCGGCGGAGCCCGGCGCCCCGGCGCUCAGGGCCGCGGCGGCGGUGGCGGCGGCGGCGCAGUGCCAGGCCCGGCGGGCGACCGGGCUGGCUCCGGAAGAGCCCGGCCGCCUCGCGACCUCCGAGACGGCGGAGCUGGAGCUGGAGGUGGACGAAGAGGAGAGGGAGGAAGCGGAGCUGGACGGAGAACUGCUGGAGGAGGAGGAGCUGGAGGAGGCUGAGGAGGAGGAGGACCGGCCGUCGCUGCUGCUGCUGUCGCCGCCCGCGGCCACCGCCUCCCAGACUCAGCCGAUCCCGGGCGGGCCCCUGGGGUCGGUGCUGCUGCCGCCCGCGGGCUUCGAUGCCCGGGAGGCGGCGGCGGCGGGGGUGCUGUACGGAGGGGACGAUGCCCAGGGCAUGAUGGCGGCGAUGCUGUCCCACGCCUACGGCCCCGGCGGCGGCGGAGCCGCCGCUGCCGCCCUGAACGGAGAGCAAGCGGCCCUGCUGAGAAGGAAGAGCGUCAACACCACCGAGUGCGUCCCCGUGCCCAGUUCCGAGCAUGUCGCUGAGAUUGUCGGACGCCAGGGUUGUAAAAUUAAAGCACUGAGAGCCAAGACAAACACGUAUAUCAAGACACCUGUUCGUGGUGAAGAACCCAUUUUUGUUGUCACUGGACGGAAAGAAGAUGUUGCCAUGGCCAAAAGAGAAAUCCUCUCAGCUGCAGAGCACUUUUCUAUGAUUCGUGCAUCUCGAAACAAAAAUGGCCCUGCACUGGGAGGGUUACCGUGUAGUCCUAAUCUGCCCGGCCAAACCACGGUACAAGUCAGGGUCCCCUAUCGCGUGGUGGGGCUAGUGGUUGGACCAAAAGGAGCAACAAUUAAGAGAAUUCAGCAGCAGACCCAUACAUACAUAGUUACUCCGAGCAGAGAUAAGGAGCCAGUCUUUGAAGUCACAGGGAUGCCCGAAAAUGUUGAUCGGGCACGAGAAGAAAUAGAAAUGCAUAUCGCCAUGCGUACAGGGAACUACAUAGAGCUCAAUGAAGAAAACGAUUUCCAUUAUAACGGUACCGAUGUAAGCUUUGAAGGUGGCACUCUUGGCUCUGCAUGGCUCUCUUCCAAUCCAGUUCCUCCAAGCCGAGCAAGAAUGAUGUCCAACUAUCGAAAUGAUAGUUCUAGUUCUCUAGGAAGUGGUUCCACUGAUUCCUAUUUUGGAAGCAACAGGCUAGCUGACUUUAGUCCAACAAGCCCAUUUAGCACAGGAAACUUUUGGUUUGGAGAUACACUACCAUCUGUAGGCUCAGAAGAUCUUACAGUAGACUCUCCUGCCUUUGACUCUUUACCAACAUCUGCUCAAACUAUCUGGACUCCAUUUGAACCAGUUAACCCACUCUCUGGCUUUGGGAGUGAUCCUUCUGGUAACAUGAAGACUCAGCGUAGAGGAAGUCAGCCAUCAACUCCUCGUCUGUCUCCUACAUUUCCUGAGAGCAUAGAACACCCACUUGCUCGAAGGGUGAGGAGUGACCCACCUAGUACAGGCAACCAUGUUGGCCUUCCAAUAUACAUCCCUGCUUUUUCUAAUGGUACCAAUAGUUACUCCUCUUCCAAUGGUGGUUCCACCUCUAGCUCACCUCCAGAAUCAAGAAGAAAGCACGACUGUGUGAUUUGCUUUGAGAAUGAAGUUAUUGCUGCCCUAGUUCCAUGUGGCCACAACCUCUUCUGCAUGGAAUGUGCCAACAAGAUCUGUGAAAAGAGAACGCCAUCAUGUCCAGUUUGCCAGACAGCUGUUACUCAGGCAAUCCAAAUUCACUCUUAACUAUAUAUAAAUAUAUAUAUACACACACAUAAAUACUAUAUCUCUAUAUGGACUCAUAAAGGCAUGGGUAUAAUGAUACCCCCAGUAAACUUCCUAAUGAAUUCUUAUGACUGUUAUCAGGCUUUAUUGGGAUUAGGCUAAAGUUGUUAGUACACUUAUAAAAGGCUGCUAUGGUAACACUAAACCUAAGUGGUCUCUUGUCUAUUAGUUUGGUUUGAAUUAAUACUAUCUUGUAGACUCAGAGACAUGGCUUGUAUAGGAAUUGUUAAAGCUGAAGUUGUACUUGGCUGUGUAACCUAAGAGCAAAAUGUAUCCAUCUGAGAUUGUAGUCAGUGGGUCCCAGAGCCUAGCCACACUAAGAGUUUAUGGAGGGUGCCUGGCAUCUCAGAUGACUGACACUUCCAGUGCUGCCUUCUUCACACUGCCAGUUUUGACAAAAACAGGUUUGUUUUUUUAUUUUACAACAACUUCUGCCUAAUUCUGCAGGAUUGCAAGAAACUUUUUAAAGCAUUGUGAUUACUUACUAGUAAUAAUAGGGCUGAUGGCAGUUUACUAGAUCACUGGUUAUAAUUUGGGACAAAAACUGCUACAUUGACUCUCAUCUCGCCCAGAAUGCUCAAGGCUGGUAUGUUGAGUGGAUCAGGAAUACAGUUGUUUGUUUUUGAUUGUGAAUUCCUGCCCAUUGCCUCUCUCAGUGAAUGUGGAAAUGGCCGCCUGGGUUUUCCCAUUUCAGGAUGGGCUUUGGGAAGCACCUAUAUUGGCUGAAAAUUUGAGAAUGCGAACAUUCCAUUCAUUAGUCUGAUCAAGCUAUUAAUUAAUAUUUAGACUGUAGCUCAAAAUGUGAAACAUUUUUUGUUCAAUCCAUAUUUGUCUUGCACAUUAUAAAUAUAUUUUUAUUUUUUAGUAAUGUAGGGAUGGGGAGGGAGAUAAUAAUGCCCUU